CGUCGCCUCUCAGGGGAACAAGGAGACACAGGGGGCGUCGCGGGUCCCCGGCGGAUGCGCCCCUGCCGCGUCUCGGGCUGCGCCGCCUCGCGGGGAUGAAGCACCGGCCGUGAAGAUGGAGGUGACCUGCCUGCUACUCCUGGCGCUGAUCCCCUUCCACUGCCGGGGACAAGGAGUCUACGCUCCGGCUCAGGCCCAGAUUGUGCACGCGGGCCAGGCGUGCGUGGUGAAGGAGGACAACAUCAGCGAGCGUGUCUACACCAUCCGGGAGGGGGACACCCUCAUGCUGCAGUGCCUGGUCACCGGGCACCCCCGACCGCAGGUGCGCUGGACCAAGACGGCGGGGAGCGCUUCGGACAAGUUCCAGGAGACGUCGGUGUUCAACGAGACGCUGCGCAUCGAGCGCGUGGCACGCACGCAGGGCGGCCGCUACUACUGCAAGGCGGAGAACGGCGUGGGCGUGCCGGCCAUCAAGUCCAUCCGCGUGGACGUGCAGUACCUGGAUGAGCCGGUGCUGACCGUGCACCAGACGGUGAGCGACGUGCGUGGCAACUUCUACCAGGAGAAGACCGUGUUCCUGCGCUGCACGGUCAACUCCAACCCGCCUGCGCGCUUCAUCUGGAAGCGGGGCUCCGACACCCUGUCCCACAGCCAGGACAACGGGGUGGACAUCUACGAGCCGCUCUACACCCAGGGGGAGACCAAGGUCCUGAAACUGAAGAACCUGCGGCCCCAAGACUACGCCAGCUACACCUGCCAGGUGUCUGUACGCAACGUGUGUGGCAUCCCAGACAAGGCCAUCACCUUCCGGCUCACCAACACCACAGCACCACCAGCCCUGAAGUUGUCCGUGAAUGAAACUCUGGUGGUGAACCCUGGGGACAACGUGACCGUGCAGUGUCUGCUGACGGGUGGCGAUCCCCUACCCCAACUGCAGUGGUCCCAUGGGCCCGGCCCGCUGCCCUUGGGUGCUCUGGCCCAGGGUGGCACCCUCAGCAUCCCUUCAGUGCAGGCCCGGGACUCUGGCUACUACAACUGCACGGCCACCAACAAUGUGGGCAACCCAGCGAAGAAGACCGUCAACCUGCUGGUGCGAUCCAUGAAGAACGCCACCUUCCAGAUCACCCCGGAUGUGAUCAAAGAGAGCGAGAACAUACAGCUGGGCCAGGACCUGAAGCUGUCCUGCCACGUGGAUGCGGUGCCCCAGGAGAAGGUCACCUACCAGUGGUUUAAGAAUGGCAAGCCAGCACGCAUGUCCAAGCGGCUGCUGGUGACCCGCAACGACCCCGAGCUGCCUGCCGUCACCAGCAGCCUGGAGCUCAUUGACUUGCACUUCAGUGACUAUGGCACCUACCUGUGCGUGGCUUCCUUCCCGGGGGCACCCGUGUCUGACCUCAGUGUCGAGGUCAACAUCUCCUCUGAGACAGUGCCCCCCACCAUCAGCGUGCCCAAGGGCAGGGCGGUGGUCACGGUGCGCGAGGGCUCGCCCGCGGAGCUCCAGUGCGAGGUGCGCGGCAAGCCCCGGCCGCCCGUGCUCUGGUCGCGCGUGGACAAGGAGGCCGCCCUGCUGCCCUCAGGGCUGGCCCUGGAGGAGACGCAGGACGGGAAGCUGCGGCUGGAGCGCGUCACCCGCGACAUGAGCGGCACUUACCGCUGCCAGACCGCACGCUACAACGGCUUCAACGUGCGCCCCCGCGAGGCCCAGGUGCAGCUGAACGUGCAGUUCCCGCCCGAGGUGGAGCCCGAGUCCCAGGACGUGCGCCAGGCGCUGGGCCGGCCGGUGCUCCUGCGCUGCUCGCUCCUGCGCGGCAACCCCCAGCGCAUCGCCACGGCCGUGUGGCGCUUCAAGGGGCAGCUGCUGCCGCCGCCGCCUGUCGUCCCCGCUGCCACCGAGGCCGCGGACCACGCCGAUCUGCGUCUGGACGCCGUGACCCGGGACAGCAGCGGCAGCUACGAGUGCAGCGUCUCCAACGACGUGGGCUCAGCCGCCUGCCUCUUCCAGGUCUCCGCCAAAGCCUACAGCCCGGAGUUUUACUUCGACACCCCCAACCCCACCCGCAGCCACAAGCUGUCCAAGAACUACUCCUACGUGCUGCAGUGGACGCAGAGGGAGCCCGACGCUGUGGACCCUGUGCUCAACUACAGACUCAGUGUCCGUCAGCUGAACCAGCACAAUGCCAUGGUCAAAGCCAUCCCCGUGAGGCGCGUGGAGAAGGGGCAGCUGCUGGAGUACCUCCUGACUGAUCUCCGUGUGCCCCACAGCUAUGAGAUCCGCCUCACACCCUAUACCACCUUUGGGGCUGGUGACAUGGCUUCCCGCAUCAUCCACUACACAGAGCCCAUCAACUCUCCGAACCUGUCAGAUAACACCUGCCACUUUGAGGAUGAGCAAAUUUGUGGCUACACCCAGGACCUGACAGACAACUUCGACUGGACGAGGCAGAACGCCCUCACCCAGAACCCCAAGCGCUCCCCCAACACCGGGCCCCCCACGGACAUCAGUGGCACCCCAGAGGGCUACUACAUGUUCAUCGAGACGUCCCGGCCCCGGGAGCUGGGGGACCGUGCCAGGUUGGUGAGCCCGCUCUACAAUGCCAGCGCCAAGUUCUACUGCGUCUCCUUCUUCUACCACAUGUACGGAAAGCACAUCGGCUCCCUCAACCUCCUGGUGCGGUCCCGGAACAAAGGGACUCUGGACACGCACGCCUGGUCCCUCAGUGGCAAUAAGGGCAACGUGUGGCAGCAGGCCCACGUGCCCAUCAACCCCAGUGGGCCCUUCCAGAUUAUCUUCGAGGGGGUCCGAGGCUCGGGCUACCUGGGGGAUAUUGCCAUAGACGAUGUCACGCUGAAGAAGGGAGAGUGUCCCCGGAAGCAGAUGGAUCCCAAUAAAGUGGUGGUGAUGCCUGGCAGUGGAGCUCCCCGCCAGUCCAGCCUGCAGCUCUGGGGUCCCAUGGCCAUCUUCCUCUUGGCGUUGGAAAGAUGAUGAGAGCUGCAAGCCCCCCCACCCCGUCCCCCGGCACACCAAAGUGUCCACAUCGUACCAAAGACUGACCCCCGCCAGCCGGGGUGCCCAGGGGCAGGGCUGGCCUGCCAGGGAGGGGCCCGCAUUGCCUUCGAGAACAAGGACAGAGAAUAAGGACAGAGCCCCGGCACCGAGGAGGCCCUGGAGACAGUUGUGCGACACACAUGCACACUCACGUUCACACUCACACACAGAGAUCUAUUAAAGCACAAGUUUCUAUCCGACCUGCCAGCACCUCCUUUACUGCAGAGACAAGGGGACUUGCCUGAAUGGCGUCUGCCCCCAGGGACCUGGGGGUGAUAUAGGCCUGUCCUGGCUGCCCCCAGGGACCUGGGGGUGAUAUAGGCCCUGUCCUGGCUGCGCGGGAGGUGUGCUUCUCACCUGCCUCCUGUCCCCCAACUCACGGCAGAACUCCAGCCCGGGGCCCUGGCCAGAAGGGAGCCGGAAGUGGACAAACCAGGAAACUGCUCCUCUGGUCAGAAUGACCGCCCACCCCACCCCAGGGAAGGCGGCUGGGGGCAGAGGAGGGCCAGGGGAGACUUUGUGAGCUCUGUGACUGUCCUCUGUCCAGGGGGCAGCAAGGAAGGCAGGGAUCCUGCUGUGAGGGCUGUGCAGUGGCCAUCCCAGUCACCCGGAUCCUCUGACCUAUUUCUGGGACACUAUAUUCUCCACCUCACUGUGCCCUUUGAAGGGGCCCAGCGCGGGGUUGUGGGCCUGGGCAGCCCAGAGACUGACACCUUCCCCCCAGCAGCUGGCUCCCAAGAGCAUGGUCCCUCCCAGAACUCAGUCCCACGCUGGGGCUCAGAGGAGCUGGGAGUGGUGGACAGGCCAUUUUUGGGGGUGAGGCUUGACCUAAAGAGGGGCAGGGAGAAGUCCUGCUUCUGUGCACUUUCAGGAGUGGAACCUCCACUUGGUAUCUGUCUGGCAUGACUGGGCGCCCUGGACGGGUGAGUGAGUGGGGAGCACUCCUCCCCCAGGGUCAGUGAAGGAGCAGGGCGUGUGGACUGGGGAUGACCGGUGAGGUGUGACAGUCCCCUUGUUCCCUGGAGUUGUGAAAGAACCUGGGCGCUGGACCAGAUAGAACCUAGAGCCCAGCUCCUCAGUAUCAGCCCUCAACAACCCACCUGCCGUCCAGGGCAGAGGAGCCCAGUCCCUCCAAAACAAGUCUGCGUGCGUGCGUGUGUGUGUGUGCAUACGAGUGUGUUUGUGUCUGCAUAUAACAUGGGCACAGCUCUGAGCAGGAGUGUGCAUAAAUAAAGGUCUGUGGGUGCAAUUAAGCAUAUCUGAGGGGCUGGGUCUGUGUGAGUGUGCCCCUUCAUGAGUGGCACUGUGUCCAUAGGAGACUGUCCGAGGAGGCCACCUCAGCCCUAUUCUGUAGUCCCAGGCUGCCUGCCACAGCCUGAAGUCGCACCCCUCACCUCCUGUGGAGAAUGGGGAGCUUACAGAUGGCCCUGUUGAGUGCAAACACCUUGGCGGGGUGUCACAAGGCUCUUCUUGGGCCAUUUGGUGGGGACAGCUACAGAGAGGCCUGGAACCCUGGCAGCACUGUUAGUGCCAGGAGCAGGCAGGAAACCAAGGCAAACACUGCCCGGCAUCCUGCUCUGCCCAGACCUGUGUCAUCGUCAUCGCCAACAGCUGGUGGGUGGCCAGGCUGGGCUGCUGCUGCUGCUGCUGUGGGGUCUCCUGCUACCCGACUGGCCUGACUGCUUUUCUGGCCCAUCCAAGGUCAGGUCUGAAGUGAGUGGCUCCAGGUUCCCAGCAGACGCUCCCAUGGGGUCUGUGAUUAUUGUUCCUUAAUUGUCCCAUCUGUGCAGAGUCUGUUUCCCCCACUAGACUGUGAGCUCCUCCUCCGAGCCUCCCGAGCCCUCUCCCCCUCCUCCCACUCAUGCCUGGCACCAGAGAACCUGGUACGGAGCCUGCCCUACCGCUCUGCCUGGCACAAGGGAUCCCAUAGAGAGAUGGUCCUCGGUCCUGGCUGCAGAAGGAAACCAUCACAGGGUUUUAGAAAGCACUGAUGCUGGGCUCCCAGCUCGGAGGUUGAGUUAACAGGACCGGAGUGCAUUCAGGCGUCAGAAUGCUGAAAAGCUUCUCAGGAGACCCAAGUGGGAUGGGGUGGAUCCACUGGCCUCUCCCCUCAUUCCCCUUGGGGGCUUCCUCUGGGUCCUUGCCGGGGCCACACUCGAGCACCUGGUGACCUCUCGGGGGCUCUCGAAAUACCCCAUGCCUACUCCCCCCACCAUGGCUGCCCCUUCAUGGGGCCUCCUGUCCGUGUGUCUGUCCUGCCUGGUGCAGGAAUCAUGCGCGGUACAGGGUGGUUGAGCUGAGCUGCCGCUGGUCCCCAUGCUCCUGCUCUGUCUGGGGAGAGGACACCUCCUCAGUGCUGAGCACAGCGCUGCCCGGAGGGCGCUGGGCCAGUGUGGCCCUUGUGUUUGUGUCUGUACAGGUCAGCCGGUGUGUGUGUGGUGUGUGCGGGUAUCCGUGUGAGCAGCGCCCAGGGCACGAACCUGUGUGAGUCUGUGCAUGCGCUCAAGUGUGCACAAGGAGUGAGUGUGGUUGUGUACCCCGUGUUACAGGUGUGCCUGCAUCUGUGCAAGUGUCUGUGUCUGCGGCAGGGUAGGUGCUGUGCAGAUCUCUAGCCCCUGGGAUCCAGUGCCUCUCCCCAGUGGCAGUCUCACCCUCUGAAUCAGGGUGACUGAAGCAUAUUGUGGCCUUAAAACAGAGAGUCUGGGGGGUCAGCUCCCAUCACCCCUCCAGGUUAGAGUCUGGGGGAAAAGGGAUCCUGGGACCAGGUUCUGGGUAGCAGCAGAUGGGGAGCCCCAGCUCCACUGGCCCCUGGGAUGACAGGGCUCCUCACAGGGGCGCCUGGUUAGCCUGAAGACCAAGUGCUCCUCCUUGUCCUCCUCCUCUGAAGACCAAGUCCUCCUCCUCCUCCUCCUCCUCCUCCUCCUCCUCCUCCUCCUCCUCCUCCCGGAACCCUUCCCCCAUCUUCUCCCUCUGGGGUGGGCCCAGGACCUCCUCUCCUUUAGCUUGUGCUCUCAAAGCUGCUGCUGUGCAGGGUGUCAGAGCCAGAAGGGGCCACAGGUCAGACUCCUCAGGGUGCCCAUGAAGAAGCUCACACAGCCAGCCUUUGAGGCCAGGUCCUACAGCCCUGAAGGUGUCACACCACCGGCCACUACUCCCGGGAUCUGCCAGAAUAGCUAAGGGGACCCUGUGUCCAGAGUGCUACAGAUGUUACUGAGAAAGGUACUGUCCUAAAUUGCAUUACGGUCUGUCAGCCGCACCCAUAGACCUCCCGCCCUCUGUCCACACGUGCAUAGCUGCUGCUGCCUCUCCCAGGAUCCCAGGCAGAAGAGGCUCCAUUUCCUGUUCCCGCCCCUCUGUCUUUACAAGAGCCUGGGGUGUAUGGACAGAAGUCAGCAGGUCCUCAUCCUCUUGACCUCCCCUCGAAGGACCAGGAGGGCUGGAGCUGAAGGGUGCAGGAUCUUUGCUUUUCUCUCUCUGGACAGCUCGAGGCAGCUGGGAAGGGGGUGCCCAGAGUCUGUCCUCACACAGUGAGGGUGGAGCCAGCCCUGGACAGACCCUGUAAGGCCUCAGUUCUAGGUUCAGGGGAGCCCUUCCUGCUUCCAAAGGCAGGAAGCCCCCUCCGCUCUCCUGCGUCAGUGCCGUGUGUGUGUGUGUGUGUGUGUGUGUGUGUGUGUGUGUGUGUGCGUGCGCGCGCGCGUGCGCGGGGGUAUGCAUGCAUGCAGAAGGACCACUCUUUCCUGGGACUCCUGUGACCCUUAGAACUGGAAGGGACCCUAGAUGAAAACAUAACCCAGUGCACCAUUACACAGGCGAGAAAUCUGGGGACCCAGAGAGACAGCAUGUCCCCUCCCCGGCCCCUUGUGUCAUCCGUGUCCACUGCCCAGGGGCCUGCUGGGAAUGCCCUCCCUGCUGGCACCUUCCUGCCCUCUCUAGCCGCCCACAUCACCCCAUCUCAGCCGACUCUGCUGGCCCCUCUGCUCCAAUGGACUCUAAGCGUACUUCUUGCCCCAUGGCAGCCUGCUCACCGAGACCCUAAUCUCCCACCAGAAGGGUCAGGGAAGGAGAAGACUGCUCCAGCCCGGAGGCCUCAAAGACUUGGGAGAAAAGCCAAAAGCCCCAUGCGCAAACCCAUGUGUCUGACCUCCCCAGCUCACCCUAGCACCAGGUAAAAGCACAACGGGAGACCCCUUAGCCACGGGGGAAAGGUAUCGGGGUUGUUUUUGAGUCACACGACCCUGUCCUCACCCCUUUGCCUUGCUCUGUCUCCGCCCAAACCUCUGUUCCCCCCUUGCCCCGUCUCACUCCCAAGCCUCCAAGUGUAACCUCUAAUUGCGAACACGGUUGUUUCGAUCAAUAAAGCUACAGUAUUGUA